AUGAGACGGAAAAUGGGGGAUGCGCGUGAAGUCUUGAGGUCGCCUGGUCGCUCCACUGUCAAUGAUCUGCCAAAAGAAUCGCGGGCAUUACUUGGCUUAGCUCGCCCAGGGUGUAGGGUUUCCAAACCCUACUCUCAGGCACUAUCCCCCGCUCGUGAGUCACAUUCUCUCCGUGCCGCCGCAGAACCAGCAGCAGAGAACUGCUGCUCGACUCGGAUCACCGUGCCCCUACCGGCGGAAGUCAUCCGACGGUGAGUGGGGAUGCAAUUGGCUCAUCACGAGUCAGCCAUGUGAUUCGCUGCUGCCUCUGUGUGUCGGUAUACUUGUGUUGUGCAGGUCUACUUGUCGGCGGGACCAUUGGCAAUUUGCUCGCUUGUUUGCUCGUCUGGGUCCAUAAUUCGACACACGAUAGGUGGGCAAGCACAGACACAAAGCUUCCACAAGUGCAUGUGCCCGUCUCUCUCCAUGACUUUUCUCUGUGUGGUGGAUGCAGCUGUUAA